CAAUGUUUUCAAGAAACAUCAAAUUUUCGAUGUUUCAGGUUAUGUUUAGUACAAAUUCGAAAAUUAUUAGCUAACUAAUUCACAAUGGCUAGGAACGCUGAAAAGGCAAUGACAACUUUGGCUCGUUGGCGAGCAGCUCAACUGGGUGAAAAUGAAAAGCACAAGAAACGAAGACCAUAUCUAGCUUCUGAAUGUAAAAGUUUAUACGCUUGUGAGAAAUGGCGUAUGCAAAUAAUCAGGGAAAUAGCGAAAAAGGUGGCUCAAAUUCAAAAUGCCGGGUUAGGCGAAUUUCGUAUUCGCGAUUUAAACGAUGAGAUUAAUAAGUUGUUGCGGGAAAAACGACACUGGGAGGCGCAAAUUAAAGAAUUGGGGGGUCCUGAUUAUCAAAGGGUAGGCCCGAGAAUGUUGGAUCACGAAGGAAAAGAAGUACCUGGAAAUCGUGGGUACAAAUAUUUUGGAGCGGCUAAGGAAUUACCAGGUGUUCGAGAGCUGUUUGAGCAGGAACCCCCGCCACCGCCAAGGAAGACGCGUGCCGAAAUGAUGAAGGACAUCGACGCUGACUAUUACGGCUACAUGGACGACGACGACGGGAUUCUAAUACCUUUAGAGAUGAACGCUGAGAAAAUUUCUAUUCAAAAAACCGUUUCGGAAUGGAAAGAAAAUAAAGAUAAACGAAUGGAACAAGGAAAUGAUGAGGAGUCUAGUGAAGAAGAAGAGGAUAUUUAUGCUGUUUCAAAAUCUGAUGAUGAAAUGGAUACUUCUGAUUGGGAUGGAAAACAACGUUUUACUGCACAUGUUCCAGUUCCGACUCAACAAGAAGUGGAACAAGCGUUACUUAAGAGACGGAAACAAGAAUUAAUGGAAAAAUAUGGGGCGCAAGACAGUUUAUAAUUAUAAUACCUUACCUUUACAAAAUAAAGCUGUUCGUUUUUUUAAUUUCCAACUUUUAAAAUUCCCCUACAUAAG